AUGUAUGAGUCAGACACUGGGAUGGGGAAGAGUGCCACUGGGAACACCAUUCUGGGACGACAGUGCUUCGAAUCUAAGCUCAGUGCAACAUCGAAUACUCUCGAUUGCUCCAAAGGAAAAAGUGAUGUGGAUGGGCAACAGGUUGCUGUGAUCGACACCCCGGGCCUGUACGACACCAGGUUCGGCAUGGAGAAAACCACUAAAGAUGUGGGUCAGUGCGUCUCUUACGCUUCUCCUGGGCCACAUGUGUUCCUGGUGGUCAUCAGGCUGGGCAGGUUCACUCUAGAGGAGAAGCAGUCAGUGCAGAAGAUUCAAGAGAUCUUUGGCCAGACUGCAGACAGAUACAGCAUGGUCCUCUUCACUCACGGGGACAGUCUGGAAGACGUAACCAUUGAGGAGUUCAUCGAUGAAAGCCCAGACCUGCUAGAGCUCAUAGGCAGAUGUAAUGGCCAAUACCAUGUGUUCAAUAAUAAGCUGAAGGAUCGCUCUCAGGUCAUUGAGCUGCUCAACAAGAUCAGAGAUAUCGCCCAGAAGAACGGAGGAAGCCACUACACCAGCCAGAUGUUCCAAGAGGCCGAGAGGAAACUCGAGAUGGAGAAACAACGCAUCCUGAAAGAGAAAGAAGAGGAAAUGCGCAAAGAAAGAGAGGAAAUAGAGAGAGUAGCACAAGAAAAAUGUCAAAAACAGUUUGACUUAAUUAAUGCACAAGUCCAGGCUGAGAGAGAGAGGGAGAGGAAAGAGAGAGAGGAGGAGAGGAAGAGGGAGAGGAAAGAGAGAGAGGAGGAGAGGAAGAGGGAGAGGAAAGAGAGAGAGGAGGAGAGGAAGGAGAGAGAGAGAGAUGCUGAAGAAACAAAGCAGAAAUUAAGAGCAGAUCAUGAGAGACAAAUGAAAGAGGAACAAGAAAGAAUGAGGAAAAGAUACGAGGACCAGGCGAGAAGGGAAGCUGAAGACGAUAGUCGUUCUUGUGUAAUCUUGUAGUUCCAGUAUGUGUCUUCUGGUCGUAUCAGUCAAAUGUUCUGAUGCUUGAAAAAAAAUGACGACCCAGUUUCUAUGUAGGUCCCUUAAUACACUGAUAAACCUGUUUGAUUGAUACACUGCAAAAAAAGAAAAGUUGGGUGAACUCAAAAUUUCAAGGCAACAAACUUCGAUAAAAUUUUAAGUUGGGCAAUUAAACUUAAUAUUUUAAGUUUUGUUUUUGAGUUUGCUCAACUCUGAAUUCAGAUUUUUGUCAACUCAACUGUAAGUUGUACAAACGUAUAAUUUUACAUUGUAAUAACUUUUAAUCCUUACUUCUGCUAACUUCUGCAAUGUGCUGAAUUGGCACGAUUGUAACGCCGCUAUGAAAUGUCAGCUAAUGUUGCGACCACAAUUUUGAGUUAGCAUUGAUAUGCUAAUGGCUACUCUUGUAGCUGUAACAAGCAGCGCCGCUAGCAUCAGUUAGCCGCUAGCAUCAGUUAGCUGCUAGCAUCAGUUAGCCGCUAGCAUCAGUUAGCCGCUAGCAUCAGUUAGCCGCUAGCUUUCGCUAAUGACUGAAUUUCACCGCUUUCCCGAAUUUCCCAACAAAGAAAUAAGAGUUAUCAGAACUAUUGUCCCUUGUUGUGAACCCCAACUUAAAGAUAUAAGUAACAACAACUCACCAACUUGUUUUUGAGCAGACAACUGGCUUCCUUUGUUGUGCUAACUUACAUUAUUGCCCUAAAAGUCAAUAAUUUAUAUUUCCAAGUUUUACCAACUUAAAUCACUGUUUUAGGCCAAAAAAUACAACCCUAACCCAUCCUGCUUCAUUUCUAAUGAUGGUUGAACUCUGUAGGAUCCAGUGAGUUCACACUUGUUUGUCUCAUGUCCUGACUUCUACUGUUGAUGAUCUUUUCUCUGAGUUACUAGGACUGUUAGUCUCUAGUCUUCAUGUUGUAUCAGGACUAGUGAUGAACCAGAGACUGGACCUCCACACACACAUGUUUUAUACUGAAAUCACUAAAUGCUGAUCUACAUUCACUAACUGAGACUCUGCUGCAUCAACCAGCUGAACUCUGUUCAAUUAGAUCAGUUACUUUGAAGGGGAUGAAUACUGUGAAGGACAUUUGGUGUUUCCUGCAUGGUGGGACAUGAGGUAGGCGGCGA